UUAAACAUAGAUUAUGGUUCAUAUAUUUGGUUGUCAGCUUCUGUCUUGGCUCGUUACAUAAUUUACAAAAAAGCCUACAUAGAAGGAAAGACUGUUCUAGAAAUUGGAUGUGGAACUGCUCUUCCUGGUAUCUUGGCAGCAAAAUUGGGUGCAAAAGUAAUUUUAUCAGAUAGCAAAAAAUCGCCUUAUAUAUUUGAAAAUAUUUUGAGAAAUAUUAAAGAGAAUCAUUUGACGAAUGUUGAUAUCCUUCAACUAGACUGGGGUUUAUUUAACUCUGCAAUUUUAAACUGUCAACCAAUUGAUGUUGUUUUGGGGUCAGAUUGUUUAUAUAAUUCCAAAGAUUUUGAUAAAGUUUUGUCAACCGUCUCAUAUUUAUUGGCUAAUAAUUUGAUGGCAGAAUUUUGGAUGGCUUAUGAAUCAAGGAGGCAAGUGAAAAUUUUUGUUUGA